UAAAUCACAAAUUAAAAGUCGGAGCCCCAGCCCCCUUUGAGCCCCCCUUGGUGUCGCCUUUGAUUAACCAAAUUCUGUAUCAGCAAGAGUUUUUAACCCACUUCCAGAGGUUUUCAGGGGUGUGUGGAGUGGAAGGAGGGAGUGUGGGCCAGGGUUGGAUUUCAAGGCGGUGACCGAGCAGCCAGCCAACCGGAGAGGGGAAGAAGUUUGCCCGAACUCGGCCCGCCCCUCCCCGGCCACAGCGUUGCAUUUAUACGCCGUUUGCUCCACAGCGAAGCACUCUGGUUCUAGAGAGGAGGAGACAACAGCCACAACUUCACAGCUCCACAAUACUAACCUCUUCUAUUUUUUAUUAUUUCCUCCGGACUUCAAAUUAAAUUAUAACAAUAAUAAUAAAAUAAAGCGUUUUGGGCAACUUUUAAAAACUUUUCCACAACCAAAACUUUCCAACUAAGCUCCAGUCGUGGCACAAACAACACCACCUCGUCGCAGUGAAGGAUCCCGCUCGGUCCUCCAUGAAAGACGGAGUGCGGCAGCAGAUUUGGGGAAGAGACAUGUCAGCGACGGUCCUGUCCACUUUCUACGACAUGGACAUGCUUUACAAGCAGGAGAAAAGCAUGAACAUGAACGCCCUCCACAUCAACAGCAUGCUGGAUAAGAAGGCGGUGGGCGCUCCGGUCGCCGGCUCCUUCACGCCGGGAUUUUUCCGGAGAAACUCCACCAGCAACUUGGAGGCAAUGAGCAACGGCAACAAGUACUCUCUGGGCUCGUACAGCAGCUGCAUGAAGGAGAACUCCCCGGUUGGCGGCGGCGCCACGGCCCUCAUGAACAAGGAGAACAAGUUCCGCGACCGCGCCUACAGCGAGACCGGAGACCGGGGCGUGCUGCAGCAGAAGCCCGCCUCGCAGAUCAACUCCACCCGAUACAAAACCGAGCUGUGCCGGCCCUUCGAGGAGAACGGGUCGUGCAAAUACGGGGAGAAGUGUCAGUUCGCCCACGGCUACCACGAGCUGCGGAGCCUGACGCGCCACCCGAAGUACAAAACGGAGCCGUGUCGCACUUUCCACACCAUCGGCUUCUGCCCCUACGGUCCCCGGUGUCACUUCAUCCACAACGCGGACGAGCGGCGGCCCGCCCCGCCGGCCAACGCCAACGUGCAGGCGGCGGAGCCCCGCGGCUACAGCCCGCAGCAGCAGCUCCGACCAAAGCUCCACCACAGCCUCAGCUUCUCCGGCUUCUCCACCCACCACGGACUCGAAUCGCCGCUGCUCGACAGCCCCACAUCCCGGACCCCGCCGCCCCCGACCUCCGCGUCGUCUUGCACCUCCGCCUCCAGCUUCUACGACGACGUGCUGUCGCCCAGCUCCAUGCCGUGCAUCAACAGCGCCUUCUCCUUCCCCGGGCAGGACCUGAAAGCCUUGCUGGCCCCGCUGGCCGUGCACUCCCCGGCCGGCUACGCCAACAACCACUCCGGCGGCGUUGGCGGCAGCUUCUACGGGAACGCGCCGAGCAGCGUGAGCCUCCAGGCGCUGCGCCGCCUCAGCGAGUCGCCGGUGUUCGAGCCCCCGCCCAGCCCGCCGGACUCCCUCUCAGACCGGGAGAGCUAUGCGAGCGGGUCCCUCAGCUCUUCCGGGAGCCUCAGCGGCUCCGAGUCCCCGAUCCUUGACGCUGGAAGGCGUUUGCCAAUCUUCAGCAGGCUGUCGAUUUCAGAUGACUAAGUAAAUUUUUUUUUAUUUUUUUGGAUUAUGGUUGGUUUGAGGAGUCGGGAGGUGCUGGAGACUGAGACUUUCCUUUAAGCAGAGGAUAUCAAAAGUUUGGCUCCUCGUCACCUCCUUUGACGUGUCUUUAAGCAAGACUUUUUCUGAUUUAUUUUUCUUCCCACCAGCUGCAGGGUGCAAACCCUGCCCAAACCUCCCUGGAGGGGGGACAAGAGACCAGUUUCCACUAGAAAUGCACCGAUUAGGCCAAUACAGAUACCGAUUUUUAAUUUUGUUUUGUUUUUCCUUGUGGUCUGAUCUACCGAUACUGUUUUUGUUUUUCUCCCUACUGAGAAGUAAAAACUUUCUGCGGGUUCCUUGCUGAUAGAAGUUUUCAAAGGAUGUAUCCCAAACCUUUCUAAUGACAUGCUUGUUGAUGCAUUUCCUGUAUGGAAUGAAAGCGUUGGGUGUUAUUAGGGGGUAAAAAAAAAUAAUUAAAAAAUAGAUUUUUUUUUUUCCCCCCCAGUAUUUCGCCUUUCUGAUCACAAGGAAAAAUCGUCUGGUUCCGAUCUGCAUGGUGUCUGAUCGGUGCAUCUCUAGUCCCACGAGGAUCAGUUAAGCUUCAGUUUCAAGUAUCCUUGACCAGGCAUUAGUGUAAUAGUGUUUUGUUCUUGUUUGUAUUAUAGCUGUAUUAAAACUUAGAUAGCAAACAGAAGGCAUUCCAUCAGUGCCUUGCCCAUGGGGCUCCUGGCAGCCCUCCCUCUCUCCUCUCUCUCUUAUCGCUCUAUCAGGCAAGCCACACUUUUCCUGGGAUUAGAUGAGUGUAACAUGACUUGACAAGAAAAAAAAAA